CUUUGCUGAAAUGAAAGUUAUCUUGGGAGAAGGAAAUCACACAUGGUAACAAGCUCUCUUCUACUCUUUGCAAAAAAAUAACAACACAGAUACACAAAGUCUACUUUUCGUCAACUCAACAAGGAAUAAACACUCAGAAAUGGCAUCCUCCAGCAGUCUCCUGUCUGAAGAUCAGUUCCAGUGCUCCAUCUGUCGGGAUGUGUUCACUGAGCCAGUCUCCACUCCAUGUGGACACAACUUCUGCAAGGCCUGUAUUAGUGGAUACUGGGAUACCACUAGCCGGAGCCAGUGUCCAAUGUGUAAGCAUCAUUUCUACAUAAGACCAGAGCUAAAGACCAACACGACACUCAGAGAUGUUGCAGAUCAUUUUAAGAGGAAGAGAGUCUGUGACUUCUACAUGGAGAACCUGGAGGACAGAAUCAUGUGUAAGAAACACAACACACUCCUUGAGCUGUUCUGUAGGACUGACCAGAUGUGUGUUUGUCAGUUCUGUACUGAGACAGACCACAAGACUCACCACAUCGUCCAUCUAGAGGAAGAGUGUGGAGAGAGGAAGGCUCAGCUUGGGAAGAUGGAUGCACAAGUACAGCAGAUGAUCCAGGAGCGAAUGCAAAAGGGUUGGGAGAUCAAACAUUCAGUAGAGCUCAGCAAGAGAGACGCAGAGAGAGAGAUAACAGACAGCAUGCAGGUCUUCACUGAUCUGGUGCGCUCCAUUGAGAGAAGCCAGGCUGAGCUCAUUGAGGUGGUUGAGGAGAAGCAGGAAGCAGCAGAGAAGCGGGCUGAAGGGUUCAUUAAAGAGCUGGAGCAGGAAAUUAAUGAGCUACUGAGGAGAAGCACUGAGCUGAAGCAUCUCUCACACACUGAGGAUCACCUUCAACUCCUCCAAAGCUCCCUAUCCCUAUGUACCCCUCCAAAUGCCAAGAACUGGUCUGAGAUCAGUAUUCACACUGAGCUGAUGAAUGUGAUGAGAGUUUUGAGGAGCUCUGUGUCGGAGCUGGAGGAGAAGACGAGGAAAGCAUUUUCUGAGCUUAUGGAAAAAUGCAAUAAAGCAAUGGAGAAGUUUCCUGACAAGCUGAAGAUUCCUGACAAGCUGAAGAUUCCUGACAAUCUGAAGAGUGUGCAGCAAUAUGCCGUGGAUGUGACUCUGGACCCUGAUACAGCAAAUCCCUUUCUCGGCCUGUCUGCGGAUGGGAAACAAGUGAGUAUUGGACAGACAUGGAACUUUCGCCCUGAAAACCCAAAGAGGUUUGUUAGUCGAUGUAUCCUGGGAAAGGAGGGCUUCUCCUCGGGGAGAUUCUACUAUGAGGUGCAGGUGAAGGGGAGGAAUUGCUGGGAGUUAGGAGUGGCCAGAGAGUCCAUUGAUAGGUCCAUUGAGAGGACACGCUUGGGGGUUUUGUUAGAUUCAGGGCUUCCACUGACCCCUGAGGGUGGAUUCUGGACAGUGGGACAGAAAUAUAAAAUGUAUGGGAGUACCUAUGAGGCCAACACCUCUCCUUCUGUAACCCUCACCUUGGAGACGCCCCAGAAGGUGGGGGUGUUUGUGGAUUAUGAGGAGGGUCAGGUGUCAUUCUACAAUGUGGAGACCAAAGCUCAUAUCUUCUCUUUCACUGGCUGCAACUUCACUGAGAAACUCUAUCCAUUCUUUGACUGUGGGUUUUAUGAUAAUAACGAUCCGGCAUUGAUCAUCUCCCCUGUCAGUCAUACAGACUGAAUUAGGGCACAUUGAAAUGACAGGGCACAAUACUAAGGCUGGGAUUCAAUAUGUAACCUCGCUAUAGUGCGCUUGACAUUUAAAGGUCCUUCCCAAUGGACUACUCCACGUCUGUAGUUUUUACCUUGAAUGCGAACUCCAUGAACGCGGUAACAUUGCCUUUAAAAGCCACAUUGUCGAAUAGAGCCAUCUGAUUGAAUCCCAGCCUUAAAACAUUUUUUCUGCCUAAUAGUAGCCCUGCCACUCGGUUUGCUAAAGCUGAGGGAUGGCCUGGAGAAAUGUAACCACUCUCAAAUUCAUAGAUUGACUGACAGUUCAUAAGAUCGCAAUUAUAGUAUUCAACUUAUUUUGAAACUGAGCAUUGUUUGUUGACAAAUAUAUUGUUUACAAACAGUGGAGUAUUGACAUCAGGGCUUGGUCACACUUUAUUUGGAUAGUCCCACACAUGAUCUACAGAUGGUCAUACUAUCAACAAACUAUAUGUUGAUAAGCAACUGCUUGCUAAGGUUACUGUUAAGGUUAGGUUUAGAAUAAGGGUUGGGGUUAGGGUUUGGAUAAGGGUUAAGGUUAGAGUUAGGGCUAGGGUUGGGAUUAGUGGUUAGUUAGUUUAAAUGUUGUCCCAUAUGCUUGGGACUAUCCAAAUAAUGUGUUGCCUGCAGCUUUUAAAAGCAAUGUUCUCAAAGAUCACAUCUGGUAAACUCUGCGUAUGUCGGCUCAAUCGGAAGUUGCCUUUAUUGCCAACAGAUUGUCAACAACCCGUGAAUGGAUUGAAUGCUGACCCAUGAGGGUGAUUGUUGAAGUUGGUUGAUUUAACUGGUUGAAUUAUAGGUCCCAAUCAUGAAUUCUACCUUCCAAAAUCAACUUCAAGACUAAGACAACUCAAUCGUUGAAUCAUCAAUCAAUCAAUCAAGUAUCUACAUCUUAAUCACAGAGGACAUCUCCCCAUUAUAUAAUUGAAAUAUUUGAAUUUACAGAGAAGUGGAGGAUUUGUUACAUAUUUUCUGGUGUUAUCACAUAGUGGCUAAUAUUUGGAAAAGAGUACAAGAAGGGUUAGUCCCUGUUUUACAUGAUUCUGUUAUCUCGCCACAAACAGAGAUAUUGGGAGACUUAAGGGACAGAUGCAACACUCUAUACAAAGUUUUAAUUCUGCUGUGGGAAGGUUUUCAUUUUGAAAACUCUCAAAACUAAUAUGCUGUUGGAUUCUUUCAAAAAUAACGGUCAAACACUACUAAACUCAGCAAAAAAAGAAACUCACUGUCCUCUCACUGUCAACUGCGUUUAUUUUCAGCAAACUUAACAUAUGUUCAUACAAAUAUUUACACAACAAGAUUCAACAACUGAGACAUAAACUGAACAAGUUCCACAGACAUGUGACUAACAGAAAUUGAAUAAUGUGACCCGGAACGAGGGCGGAGGGGUGUCGAAAUCAAAAGUAACAGUCAGUAUCUGGUGUGGCCAUCAGCUGCAUUAAGUACUGCAGUGCAUCUCCUCCUCAUGGACUGCAGCAGAUUUGCCAGUUCUUGCUGUGAGAUGCUACCCACUCU